AACAAGAAGCCGGUAGUCAGUGGUUCUCAUUGCCACUUGCGAGAGGUGUUUUGGCGAGAUAAGUUUUAGUGGAACAGGAUAGUUAGCUGCCGGAACUAUGCGGAUUGUUUUGGUAACAUUGCUGGUGGGACUGCUGGUCGCCACCGGCCAGGGCUAUCAGGUCAAGCCAAGGAACUACAAUCAAACGAUUCAACAGCUGCAAAAGGAUUACGUUCGGGUGGAGGAGGAAUUCCGGCGGGAAUUCCAAAUUUGGAAACAAACGGGUGUGAAGACGCCCCACUUCAAGGAAAUGUUGGAAGCCUGGAAGUUUACCGAGGAUCAGCGUCGUAAGGAGCUGGAGGACCUUCCGAUUCAAAUGGAGGGAACUCUAUGUGUUCUGUGCCGAUCCGUUGUGGGACAACUGAUGGAUCAACGUCGAGAGGGUGCCUCUCGAGCGGAUCUCUUCGCGACGGCUUACGAACUGUGCACUACGCUGCAAAUCCAGGAACCCGAUGUGUGCCAUGGGGUUAUUGAGUUGAACAUCGAUUUCUUCCUGUACAUCUUCGACAGCAGGCCAACGGUCGGAGCUGACACGGUUUGCGCUGUAGUGUUCCAAUCAUCCGCGUGCACCUUGACUGAUCCAGAAUUCAUCAACUGGUCGGUUAAUGUUAACCCCCGCAGCACUCCAAUUACCGGAUCGAAGCACUUCCCGAACGCGCGUGGCCCGAAUGACAUCAAGGUCAUUCACAUCACCGAUUUGCACUACGAUCCACUGUAUCUGGUGGGCCAUAACGCAGUUUGCAACCGACCUGCCUGCUGCCGCAGCGACCAAGGCAUUCCGGACAAUGUGCUGGAGCGCGCUGGCAAGUGGGGUGAUUAUCGCGAUUGUGAUUCGCCAUGGGACGCCGUUGACGAUGUGAUCGAUCACGUUGCCACUAACCAUCCGGACGCAGCAUACAUCUAUCACACCGGCGACAUCAUCGAUCAUGGCGUCUGGGAGACCUCCAUUCCACACAAUGUUCAAAGCAUGAAUCGCGUUUAUAACAAACUGAUUGAAAAGUUCCCCAACAAGCCUGUAUUCAACAUCAUCGGUAACCACGAAGCUCAUCCCACAAACGUUUUUGCACCAAGUACAGUCACUCAACAGCAAUUCUCCAUGGAAUGGCUGUAUUCUUACUCCGCUGACAUGUGGUCUAAUUGGCUACCUCAAGCUACUCAAUCUACCAUUCGUCACGGAGGGUACUACACAAUGCUGGUUCGUCCAGGAUUCCGUAUUGUUGGCUUGAACAACCAAGAUUGUUACACCUUCAACUGGUGGAUCCUAUGGAAACCGGACUACCUGGCAAACCAAAUGCAGUGGCUCCAUGAUGUCCUUCUGCAAGCAGAGCAAAACAACGAGAAGGUUCACAUUCUUGCCCACAUUCCGUACAGCUCAUCGGGCUCGACCUUCCGUAUCUGCCAGCGAGAGUUCCGCCGCAUCGUUGAACGUUUCUACGACACUAUCAGCGGUCAGUUCAACGGACACACCCACCGUGACGAGUUCAACGUGUUCUACUCGAGAGAGAACCCCGCCCAUGCCAUCAACGUCGCUUGGAACGGAGGCAGCACCACGGCCUUCAGCAACAUCAACCCCAACUACAUUGUUUACUACGUGGACCCAGCGACUUAUCAAGUGACCGAUUUCGAAUCGUACAUCUUCAACCUGACGGAUGCCAAUCGGUUCCCAGACCGACGGCCGGAAUGGUUCCAGCUGUACUCCUUCGCCAAGGAGUUCAACAUGCACAACCUGAGCCCCCGGGAAGCGGACACGAUGGUCAAGCGACUGGGAACACCGGCGGGAAGGAACGAGCUGCGACGCUACUGGGAGUUCAAGGUCAAACUGGGAGACCCAUCGCUGGAAGCUGGCUGUGAUGACGAUUGCUUGCUGAACCACCUGUGCCAGGUGGUGGUCUCCGAAAUGGGUGAUGACGUCAAGUGUGACGAGCUGCGGGCGACGUUCUUUGGUUAAAUAAAGUUCUGAUUGAACUGUA